AAGAAAAAAUAGAUUGACAGCUGCUCGUGAGCUGCUCCAGCUGCUGUUUAUUAUGUGAUUUAUGUUGCUACAAAUAUUUUUUGAAAAUUAUGUGCUCUAGAGGUGAAAUUGUUGAUCUGGUUGAUUUAUCGGAUAAUGAUGAUGAUUGUGUAAUGGAGUCUGUUGUAUACAAACCGAAAAAGAAAAACGAUCACAUUAUCUAUGAUAAUAUUUACAAUGAAAAUCCCCUACUGGCUGAAAUUAUUGAAAAGUGCUUGAACUUGGAAAGCUCAGAGGGCAUGUUAAGAGUCGUUAACAAAACUUUAUUAGAAAUCUACAAGGAAGCAGACCCGAAGUUUAAAAGUUCAUCAGAAUUUGAAACUGUACUAAAAAAAACUCUGAUACGUCUCGACAAAGAUCCGUAUCACAAGUUUUCUCACAUAAAGGAUCUGUGUGAAACACUAAGGUCUAGUAAAUUUAAGAAACGUGUGCAAUUGAUUACAUUGGACAAGAAAGUACGGAAAAAAAGCUUUGCAAAAUUGGCCCUCAAAAGAAAAAGUUAUUUAGAAAGGAAAAGUAAAAAGCAGAAGACAGAUGUAAUAGAUUUAGAUAAAUAUGAGGAAACACCUUAUAUUGAUUUAGAUCAAAAUGAUUCAAUACAAGAUGGACCAAUAGUGAUUGAUGAUGAAAAAGAAAACAAUAGUUCUCAAGAAAAUAGCGAUUGCUCUAUGGAAAUAGAUUCAGAUCCGCCAACAGUACAUGAUGAUGGUAAAAUGCAUAAUCAUACUGGUAAUAAGAAUUCUAAAGUUCUUAAUAGUCAAAAAGUAAAUGAAGGAACAAUACUGAAUAUUGAUGAUGAAAAAGAAAACCAAAGUUCUCAAGAAAAUUACGAUUGUUUUAUAGAAAUAAAUGCUAAUGAUCUAAGGAUACAUGAUAAUCGUCAAAGUGACAAUAAUAUUGGUACCACAAGUUCGGAAAAUGCCAACAAUAAUAGUGAAAGUUCUAAAAAUGCAAACUGUCAUAAAUCACAUGCAGACAAUACAGAAGAUGUAUCAAUGAAUAUUGAUGAUGAAAAACAAAGUCACACAGCCGAAGAAAGUGGUUAUUGUUUUGCAAAAAAUAAUGAAAACAAUUUAUUAAUACAAAGUAAAGGUCAUUUUUCACAUAGAAGUCCAGAAAAACUAUUAGUGCCUCAGAAAGUAUUUGAUUUCUCAGUGGAAGAUAAACCUCUACAGUUCACAGAAUCAAUAAAGUUAAAAUAUAAUAUUGAAUUACUUGAAUCAGAGAUAGCUAGAUAUAAAGAAUUGAUAGUUAAAUUGGAGGAACAAGAAGUCACUGAUGAUAAUUUCAGUUCACCUUACAUAAGGAGUAAUAAAUAUAAAGAGAAAAUAGUAAAACUGUACAAAGAGCUUUGCACUCUAACGGGAGCUGAGGCGACAAAGAGGCGCGAAGUGAGACUCACAGCCAUAGAAGGACACCCGCCAGGCCCCGUGAAGAGCUUAGAGUCCUUCCUCAAUAGGAACAUUGGUGAGGACGGCAACCCACCAUUCCCCGACUUCAAUGAUGUGGUCAAGUGUGUGGAAACGGCGAAUGUGAACGAUAACCUUGGUUGGAAUAAAUUACAAGUUAUGCGAGAAGCGAGUGCCCUGUUCACACACUGCGGUCGCGCGCUUCAAAAACGCCGUCAGAAGCGAGAGUGGAGUGACCUGUUGUCUCGAGUCAAGUCGGAACAGUGUGACGAUGACCCGGCCGACAACGACCCUGAGCUACUGGCGCGGUUGGAGGCCAACAGACGAGUCGCCAUCAAGAAAGAAAAGGAUAUACUAGAGAGUGACCUGUUGUCUCGAGUCAAGUCAGAACAGUGUGACGAUGACCCGGCCGACAACGACCCUGAGCUACUGGCGCGGUUAGAAGCCAACAGACGAGUCGCCAUCAAGAAAGAAGCGGAUAUACUAGAGAGGUACUCAAUGAUGCAAAAUUUGCCACCAGAAUCAAAACGAAAAACUGGAACAAAUGCAGUCACACAACCCCAAGAUGCUGUUCAAAUCGCUUCUGUGAAAUUCGGUAGCGAUGACGCUUCAGAUGAGACUGAUUCGCCGCAAGUAAAUACAAAUGAAAAUAACAUAAUAACACAUGCCAAAGAAAACAAAACUAAUCAUUUAAAUAACAUCAAAAUAGUUAGCAUCAAUUGUAAUUCACAACUAACAGCUGGUCUGCACUGCUGCAUUUCUGCUGCGUGUGUUGCCCACAGUGCUAUUGAAACAAAUAAAAUUAAUUUGGUACAAAACUCUAAUCUUAUAAUGCCUCAAAUCAUUGCAGAUUCGAUAACGAAUAAAUCUUAUACGGAUGAGUUUGGUCUGAAGAUUAAUGAUUCAAAACAAAUUUCAAAUGUCGAAGUCAAUAAUUGUUCUGCAUCUAAUAUUACAAUCAAAACUGAACCUAACUUUCCAGAUGUUGAUUUUGAAACUAAUGUUGCAUUAAAUGAAACUAAUGUCUCAAGUGUUGCUUUUGAAUCGAACGUUGAAGCAAACUGUGAAUCUAAUUUAAAAUCCGAUGUAGGAGAUGUUAAUUUUGAAUCUAAUGUUGCAACAAAUAAAACUCAUGUUUCAAGAAUGACCUUUGAAUCAAACGUUGAAGCAAAUUGUGAAUCUAAUAUAAAAUCUGAUGUAGGAGAUGUUAAUUUUGAAUCUAAUGCUGCAAUAAACAAAACUCCUGUUGCAAAACUGCCUUUCGAAUCUAAUGUUGAAGCAAAUUGUGAAUCUAACACAAAAUCCAAUGUUGAAGAGAUUAAUUUUGAAAUUAAUGUUGUAACAAAUGAAAGUCAUAUUUCAAGACUGACUGAAUCCAAUGUUGAGGACGAUAAUUUAAAAGCGAAUAUCCUAGAAGUAAAGAUUGAACCAAAUAUUGAGCAACUUAAUACCCAAUCGAAUGCAGAAGAACAUUUUGAAUCCAACAGUGAAGAAGUGAAUUCAAUUGAGGCUAGUGUUAAAACUGAAUUCAACGAGGGAAAUAUUAAAACAGAACCCACGGAGAACGUAGCAAGAAUAUUGCAAGAUUUUGGCGACAACUACACUGUUUCGAUAUUUGAUAUUGCGGAUCCUUUUCUAAUUGUGGAAAUUUCGGACAGUUCUGAUGAUGAAGACUGAUACUAUUUUAUCAUUAAGAGGGCUCUCUCCGUCACUCGCUUCAUACAAACGUAGUUCCAAUUUCAUUUGAAUAUCAAGCAAUCAAAGUCCAUGAAAUUUUGCAGACAUAUUCUAGA